AUUCCGGUGGAAUUGACUGUUUUAAUUUCAUUUUUGUCUUGUGGUAGUUUCUAUUUUCUGUGUGUCUAAAUUGACAUUAAUUUAAUCACGUUAUUGAAAUCAUUAACAAUAUCGGAUUACGUUCAAAAUUUCAUUCAAAAUAAUUGAGAUUUUCGAACACUUUCUUCGAUUUGACAAUUACGUCAAUAGAGAAGAGUAAGCGCUGCAUCGCAUGAUAUUCAACCGAUACUCAUCCUAACAUACAUUCAAGUUUUGUGGAGUGUUCGUACAGUGUGAUUCAGUCUUGGACCGUGCGUUCAACAGAACCAAAGAUAUAUAAAUUUAUAUACACAUAUGCUCAAUGAGAGAAAAUAAAACAAAAAAGUGCUUACAAAACUCAUAAAAAAAAGAAGUGAACUGGAAAUUCGUCAACAAUUACUUGUACUUUAUGCUUCAUAGAGCUAAGAAAUAGCAAAAAAAAAACCAUCAUAAUUUGUCUAGUUGAGUGUGGUACAAUAAUUUGUGUUCAUUGUUUCGAGAAUAUAUAACGCACCAUUUUUUUUUAUCUUAUUGCACAAAACGUGUAUGACUGUUCAAAAACAACAAACAGAGACGACAGUGUAAUUCUUGUGAGGACAAAGACACAUUAACAAAGAAGUUGCUAAUUUUUUAUUUACGAAAAAAGAAGACCUUUGUUUCGGUGGAAGUGUUUCAAAUCGUAUUUAAAACUUGAACAAUCAGGACCUUAGAAUAGGAACGAGCGAGCGAGAGAGAAGCCGAUAUCUGGUCAAGAUAUUCAUCGCAUGAUUGGAGCGACAUUUUUAAAUAGAGAAUCUAAGAAAUACACAUAGUAUAUGCGCCAAACUUCUACGCAUUGAAAUUAAAUCCACGCCAUUUAUUCAACUUGUUAAGAAAUCACGUGAAACAAUUAUCGACAUUUUCUUGUGGAAUAAGCCUAUAAAACAUUUAAAGAUGUUCAUUGAGGAUGACGAACAUAUGGAGAGCAUUUGGGUGCAGACGGCGAUCAGUGCGAUUCGCGUUAUUGCAUUCGUUUGCGAUGUGAUUACGUUUCCUGUAUAUUUAGUCUUGCAACAACCUUGGAAACGACGACAACAAUCCAAACGGAUCAAAGCCAAACCCAUUUCGGCUGAUGACAAACAAGUAACAUAUCGUUCGGUGGAACCGCCACGUGAGAUUCACGUCAAAAUGGUGCAAGCGAAUAUCGAUACAUUGGAAAAAAUGUUAACAUAUGUGGCCAAAAUACACACGACCAAGAAAUGUUUGGGAACCAGAGAAAUUCUGAGCGAAGAAGAUGAAAUCCAGCCCAAUGGUCGUUUGUUCAAAAAGUAUAAUAUGGGUGAAUACAAAUGGCGUACUUUUACCGAUGUCGAAAACUCAGCAACAAACUUUGGUCGUGGAUUACGUGAACUGGGCCAGGCUGCAUAUAAAAACAUUGUUAUAUUCGCCGAAACUCGAGCUGAAUGGAUGAUCGCUGCACACGGAUGUUUCAAGCAAAAUAUUCCAAUCGUGACCAUUUAUGCAACUCUCGGUGAUGACGGUGUUAUCCAUGGAAUUAACGAAACUGAGGCAAGCAUUGUUAUCACAAGUCAUGAGCUGAUGCCAAAAUUCAAAACAUUGCUGGCUAAACUUCCGAAAGUACAAACUUUAAUUUAUAUGGAAGAUCAAUUGAAUAAAACUGAAACUGACGGCUUUAAAGAUGACGUACGUGUAUUGCCAUUCAAUCAAGUGAUUCGCAUGGGCAACGCAAGCAAAACUGUUGCAGCUCCACCAAGCGCCGAAGAUAUAGCCAUAAUUAUGUACACAUCGGGUAGUACAGGUACUCCAAAAGGUGUAUUACUAUCGCAUAAAAAUUGCAUUGCAACUCUUAAAGCAUUCUCCGAUGUAAUCAAAGUGUAUCCCGAAGAUGUUCUCAUUGGAUUCUUACCUUUGGCCCACGUUUUUGAACUACUCGCUGAAAGUGUAUGUCUAUUGACUGGUGUACCAAUUGGAUAUUCAACGCCCACAACUCUUAUUGAUACUAGCAGCAAAAUUAAGCGCGGCUGCAGAGGCGAUGCAUCAGUGCUAAAACCAACCUGCAUGACUACCGUACCGCUCAUCUUAGAUAGAAUAUCAAAGGGAAUAAACGAUAAAGUCAAUGGCCAGGCACCAUUGCAAAAGGCAAUUUUCAAGUUUGCAUAUGACUACAAAAAGAUCUGGACACAAAGAGGCUAUGAAACACCAAUUUUGGACAAAUUGAUCUUCAAGAAAAUCUCAAAGUUGAUGGGCGGUAAAGUUAGAGUGAUGUUGGCCGGUGGCGCUCCAUUAUCGCCAGACACACACGAACAAAUUAAAUUAUGUUUAUGUACAGAUGUCGUUCAAGGCUACGGAUUAACUGAAACAACCAGUGGAGCCACAGUUAUGGAUGCCAAGGAUAUGAUUUCAGGACGCGUUGGUGGUCCGACCACAAUGUGUGAUAUUCGCUUAUGCACAUGGGAUGAAGGUGGUUAUCGUGUCACAAACAAACCACAUCCACAAGGUGAAAUUAUUAUUGGCGGCGAUAGCGUGUCACAAGGGUAUUACAAAUUGGAGAAAAAAACUGCAGAAGACUUUUUCGAAGAGGACGGACGAAGAUGGUUCAAAACUGGUGAUAUUGGUGAAGUUCAUCCCGAUGGAGUACUUAAAAUUAUUGAUCGUAAAAAGGAUUUGGUAAAAUUACAAGCUGGUGAAUAUGUGUCGCUGGGCAAAGUUGAAGCUGAAUUGAAAACAUGUGCGGUUGUCGAAAAUAUUUGCGUGUACGGAGAUCCAUCAAAGCAGUUCACCGUUGCAUUAGUCGUACCAAAUCCAAAACAUUUGAAAGAGCUUGCGAUCAAACAAGGCGUCCCAGACGCUGAAUUUGAACAGUUAUGCUCAUCACCUGUCAUGGAAAAAGCAGUGAUAAAAGAAUUAGCUGAACAUGCUCGCAAAUGUAAACUACAAAAGUUUGAAGUACCAGCCGCUGUUACGCUAUGCAAAGAAGUCUGGAGUCCUGAUAUGGGCCUUGUAACCGCCGCAUUCAAAUUAAAACGGAAAGAUAUUCAGGAUCGCUAUCAGCACGAUAUUAAUCGAAUGUAUGCAUCAUGAAAUUAGCACAUAGGUUAAAUACAAAAACAAAAAAAAAAUAUAGAUGAACGGUGAAAUUAAGUCUUAAUGCAAGUAUAUGUGUUUAAAAAAGAAACAAAAUAACGUAAACACAUAAAACACAUUGAAAAUUCUCACACAUACACAUACAUAUACACAUUAAUUGUAUCACCAAAAACUGUUGUAUAGUUAUUUGCGAUAAAAAAUAAUAAUUAUGUAAGAUGAAGUAAAUGUAAUCAAAUUUAAUUUGCUUAAGAGAAACAUUGAGAGAGAGAAAAAAAAACAGAAAGUGAGAAAAGCUAUUGGAACUUCCUGUACUGUUAGGAAACGAAACAAACAAACAAAAAUAAAAUAAAAUAUAUUUAUUUAUAUUUAUUAUGCUUUAAAGAGAAGUGAGUUCUCGGUGAAUGACUGAUCAAAA